AUGUUUCGCUUCAAUAGCGAUGGCAUCCGUGAGCUGUUCGUACUGCUUCGUAUUUCUGGUGUGGCCAUCACGGACGAACGGGACCGUGUUAAUGGUAUCGAGGCUCUGUGCCUGACGCUGUAUCGGCUGAAGUAUCCAAGGACCUACUUCGACAUGAUGGAGCACUUUGGGAGAUCUAUAUCUGCGAUGUCCCGGGUCUUCCUGUACAUGAUUGAUCUAGUACAUUAUACGUUUGCUGAUGCCAUCUUCAUGGCUGAAAAGGUGCUAGAAGAGCGAAUUUAA